CUCCUUCCAAGGACUCUUCAAUUACUUCUUCUUCCUCCGUCUCUCACCCCACCAUACAGCCCUUCUCCGAUGAGAAACAGACCUUCCCCGUCUCCCCUUCACACCUUCUCGGAAUCCAUGAUGGAAGAGAACAUGGAACAAGCCAAAUCAAUCAUCACCAAGUGGGAUCUUAACUCCUCCACCUUCACCAAAGUCACUUCUCUCUUCCACCAUAGCCAUUUCGAAGCCAUGGAAUUCCUCAACUCCGUCAACCAAUUGCAGCAAGCCAUGCAUUUCUUCGCUUCUUCCCACAACUCCUCCUCUCCCAAUCUCGUCCACGCCCAGACCCUCAUGCAGAUCGCCAUGAAGCGUCUCCAGAAGGAAUUCUACCAGAUUCUUUCCUCCAAUCGCGACCACCUCGACCCCGAAUCCGUCUCCGCUCGAUCCAGCAUCUCCGAAGACGAAGAAGCCGGUCCCGAGGACGAGAUUCAGCUCGCCGGCGAAUCCAUCUCCGAGGUCGAGCAGUUCUCCACCCUUGCCAUGUCCGACCUCAGCUCCAUCGCCGACUGCAUGAUCUCGUCCGGCUACGGCAAAGAGUGCGUCAAGAUCUACAAGAUCAUCCGUAAGUCCAUCGUCGAUGAGGGUCUCUACAAGCUCGGAGUCGAGAAUCAGAUCACCUUCUCGCAUAUCAAUAAGAUGGACUGGGAGGUCCUCGAGAUCAAGAUCAAGAACUGGCUCAACGCGGUCAAGAUCGCCGUGAAAUCUCUCUUCCUCGGCGAAAGAAUCGUCUGUGAUAACGUCUUCUCCAACUCCGAGUUUAUCCGGGAGACCUGUUUCUCAGAUAUAACCAAAGAAGGAGCCGUCCAUCUAUUCCAGUUCCCGGAAUACGUGGCAAAGUGUCAUAAGUCACCGGAGAAGAUGUUCAGAAUGCUGGACCUCUAUGAUGCCAUCUCUGAACUCUGGUCAGACAUCGAUGCCAUCUUCUCCUACGACUCCACCUCUGUCGUCCGAUCUCAAGCUCAUAAUUCACUCACGAGGCUAGGCGACACCGUUCGAUCUAUGCUAUCGGACUUCGAAUCAGCCAUUCAGAAGGAAUCAUCGAAAACCCCUAUCCCGGGAGGUGGUCUGCACCCUCUCACUCGAUACGUGAUGAAUUACCUGUCCUUCCUCACAGAUUACAGAGGAAUCCUCUCCGAUAUUUUCGCUAAUUGCCCAUUACCGGAGAACAUGUCUCUGCCAGAGUCUUACUUUGAGAGCCCUAACCCUAACGACAACCCAUCGUCGGCGUUAGCCACUAGGAUGGCUUGGAUCGUACUGAUGCUCCUCUGCAAGCUGGAUGGCAAGGCAGAGCUAUACAAUGACUCGGCCUUGACCUAUCUCUUCCUCACCAAUAAUCUUCAGUACAUGGUGCAGAAGGUCCAAACCUCCAGUCUGAGAUUUCUGUUGGGAGAAGAUUGGAUAUGGAAGCACAAAGGGACGGCAAAACAAUACUCGGUGAGGUACGAGAGGUUGGGAUGGAGCAAGGUGAUAUCGGCAAUACCUGAGGUGACCACGACUAAGAUGAGUUUAGAGGAGGCCGAGGAGUGCUUCAACAACUUCAAUUCGGCGUUCGAGCAGACUUACAGAAAUCAGUCGUCGUGGGUCGUGACGGACAGCAAGAUUAGGGAAGAGAUUAAGGUGUCCAUCGCCAUGAAACUCGUGCCGGCGUACCGGGAUUUCUAUGGAACUUAUCGGCCCUUACUGAGAGCCGAGAACGAUAUGAAAUCAGUUGUAAGGUUUGCUCCUGAUGAUCUGGGAAAUUACUUAUCGGAUCUGUUCUACGGAACGGGAGCAGCUUCGGGGAGUGCUUCAUCGUCGGUGUCUUCUUCUCCGGCGCAAUCGCGAGGGAAGCACUCCAGACGGUGAGACACACACUGA